UUCAAGCCUUAGUGAUUCUCGUGUGAUGUGUGGCUGUCUAGAGCCUGUUUCAAGUGGUUAUGUGACAGGUUUAGAGGAGUUGAGUCUGGUUAAUCUCUCAUGGAUUUUAGAGUUUGCCUUAAUUGAUCUUUGAUUCAGCAAUGUGUAGUAGCAUCGUGGUGAUGUGUGGUGAGCAGGUGAAGAUCACGGUCCUUGAGAUGAAGAUGGUUUCAGGUUACCUCUCUAUCUCUCAGUUUCGAAGAGGUUUCUCUUUCGCUCCUUGAAUAAGUGCUCUUCCUGGUAUGCUUUUAGUCUCUGAUUUUCCUCUAUGGAUUCGUCUAGUGAAGUAAUAUAACGAGGUUGAGGCAUGGAGGCCUCCAGAUAAAGGUGUGGUUGAGUUGGGGCUUAUCUUGGGUGUUGUUUCUUCACGGGGUUUUGCGUUGGUUUAGGUGUAGUGGUUUGGUGAUUGUCAUCGUGAACAAGUGGUUCACAUGAGGUCAUCAUGGUUCAGGUGUUGUCAUUGUGAACAUGUGGUUGAGAUGAAGUCCAUGCUCUUCUUGUGUUUAUUGCGUUGUGAGCUCUCUUGCUUACUUCAUAGCAAGAAUCUGACUAGUCAUAGAUUGUUAAGUCUUUGUCUUUUCUAUCUAAUGAUGAUUUGUUGAAGGGUUUUAGGAUUUGGUGUAUGGUUUAGUUGUUCGUGUGUCAUCCGUUUGUUUAGAUUUCUGAUCUCCUUUUUUCGGUUUAGUUUCCGGGGAAUUCUAUGUUCCACCGGCUUCAGUGUUUUAACCUUGCAUUCGAUUAAUAUUAUCAAUGAAAAUCAGAAGAAAAAUCUUUGGUGUUAAUAAAAGCACGCACACGAUAACAUUGUGCUUGUUGUACUGUCACACUCCAAAAGACAAUGUUAUUUGGUCUAUUUUCAAAGGAAAUUCUCACGACAACAACAUGGUUAUUUUGUAAAUUUUUUCUCUCACUAUAUUUAUUUGGCUAAUUCAACUUAAAAAAUAAAAACAAUGCACGUUAUUUUUAAAUAAUAUUAUUAAUCAUUAAACCUAUUCAAAUAUAAAAUAAUAAGAGUAAAUAAUAUUUUUGAAUUUCUUUUUAAUGUGUUAUUUUUUUUGACAAAAAAAAUGCGAAAAAACUAGUUUACUAAUUAGAAAUUACGAAUCAUAAAAUCAAAAUUUCAAAAGUGAAGUACUAUAAUUCGAAGCGACACGGUGCCAAAUUCUCUGGUUCGUUAAUGGCGCGAGGUGUAGCCUUACGCUGCUGCAAUGGAAGAAAGUCUUCGACUUUGCUCUCCAUCUCAAUCGCUAAAGUUUCUCUUUCCUUCUCCCCUAAAACCCUUUUCGCUUCCUUUCCAAUUCAACCCCGCCGCCAAAACUUCUCACGACUGUUCUGUAACCUCUCCUCUGUUCCAAACACCGUCAAUGAAAAGAAGUACAAAGAGGUUUUCAACAGAAGAAUGGCAAUGGCUGGACUCAAACCUCAUCACCGAAUUGCUUUGGGAGUUUCAGGUGGGCCUGAUAGUAUGGCGCUUUGUGUUCUAACUGCAAAAUGGAAAACUGAAGGGUUAAGUGGUGUUAGCAAGACAGAUGGUUUCAUCGAUGGACUUGUUGCUGUUGUUGUGGAUCAUGGAUUACGACAAGAGAGUAGAGAUGAAGCUGAACUUGUCUGCUCCAGAGUUUCUGACAUGGGAAUCAGAUGUGAGAUUGCUCGUUGUGAUUGGGUUAAUGGUAGACCAAAGCAAGGUCACUUGCAAGAAGCAGCUCGUGAUAUGAGGUAUCAAAUGAUAUCGAAUGUUUGCUUUCGACAACAGAUUGGGGUCUUGCUUAUAGCUCAUCAUGCAGAUGACCAGGCUGAGUUAUUCAUUCUCAGGUUAUCUCGUGGUAGCGGCGUUCUUGGACUUGCGGGUACAUCAUUUGCUUCUGAGAUUUUCUCCCAGGAUUUGGAGUUAGAUGUAAAACAUAUGAAGAACAGAUCUAUUCUCUUAGUUCGUCCGUUGCUUGAUUUAUGGAAAGAAGAUAUGUACAAGAUAUGUCAGUGGGGUAGACAAGAUUGGGUUGAAGAUCCGACUAAUCUUAGUCAGUUGUAUGUUCGGAAUCGGAUUCGAACUUCAAUAGGAAAUCUACAGUCAGAUACUUUUAAGUCAGAGCUGCAAGCAGUUAUUUCUGAAUGUCGGAGAACACGGUCUUUUGUAGAUAAAGUUUGUACAGACUUAAUAAAUCAGACUGUAUCAGUGACAGAUAAAGGGUACGCUGUUCUUGAUUUAGAGAGACUAAACCCUACAGAAGUUAAAGACAUUUGUCUCUCAAAGUAUCUCACUGCGGUCCUGCAGUUUAUCUCUCAAAGGCAGAGACCAAUCAGAGGAAACACCUUGAAGUUGCUUUUGAACUACAUCCGCGCCAUUCCAUGCAGGACAUCUCUUACGGCUGCUGGUUGCUACCUUAGUCCAGCUCCUGGUUCAAAGGGCACCAAAGUUAUAGUCUCUUGUUUUCUUGACAUUUCUUUACCAUCAAAGACAGAGAUCUUGAACAUUUGCCUCAAUGAAGCUCGGAAAAGACCGACAUCUGAUGACUUUGGACAAAUCAUAUCAGCUGCAAAAACUUUUUCAGACCAGAACAGAGUGUCUGAUGUCCAGUUUUUGGAUGCUGCAUCUGAAUCAGUGUUGAGUAAAGCCAGAGAGCUCAAUCUUUUAAGCGAAUCGACCUACACAACCAUCGGUCUACUGCAGAGAGAUGAAACCAAUCGGUUCAUAACUAAAAAAGAAAACAACAAAUCGGUGGAUGAAUCAGAAGAUCAUGGAACCAACGUUGCAUCAUCCUCUGAUAAAGUCCAUCUUUUGCCAGGGAGAGAUCUUUACUUGAUGAACCGGUUACUCAUCAGGUGGGACUUGAGUAGCCACCAAUGUGAUGAAGCACGUUGCGGUAAGUGCCCGGUGAGAACAGCUACAACAAUGGAGGUUCGGCACAUGGUUGAAUCUGACUGGCUCUAUCUAGCUGAGCUUUCAAGAUCCUCGAGCAGAGAUCAUUCUACUUCGUCUUCACAUAAAGCUCUCAGGUCGUUAAAGUCUAUCCCUGCCGCUGCAAGAAGAAGCUUUCUUGUCUUGGUCAAUCAUUGCGGAUUACUACUCAGCGUUCCGGCUAUUGGCUUCAGCUAUUGUCCAUGCUUGCAGGCAUCAACAGUGUUUCUGCCGAGAGUACCACUUGGAGGCGGCUUUAGCUCAUUUCUUUAAUCUCUUCUUACUUUUAGAAAUUCAGCCAUUUCGUUCCUCUUUUUGGUUUCUAAUUUUCUUGAUUUAGAUGGAAUAACUACAUGCAAACUUUAUUUGAAAACAAAUUACAUUUACAUGUAGUUUUAUAUGUAACCAAUUACAUUUUGCUCCUUUUUUGGUUUGUAAAAAUCCAACAAUUUAUUUCAUUCUUGUGGACAUUGUGAUUUUA